AUGUCCCGCGACGAGGAGCGCUGGCUCGCGCUCGAGCGCGACUACCGGCGGCAGGUGCGCAAGGCGUACUAUCGUCGCGAGGAGGACUUUGCGACGCUCGUCCAGUACAACGACUACCUCGAGGAGGUCGAGGAGAUUGUGGCCGGGCUGGUCGACGAGAAGCAGCGGCCGGCGACACGCGCGAGACUGGACAAGCUGCGCGCCGCCGACCCUUCGCUCACCGCGCACAAUCGCGCGCGGCUCGACGAGGACCGCAACGCCAUGUCGGCCGCUGUAGAGGCUGAGCGGCGCGAGGCGCAGCAGCGGGCGGCGCAGCGGCUGCAGGAGGCGAAGGAGGCGGCGGAGGAGGAGGCACGCGCAAAGGCGGAGCUGCAGGACGAGGUUGCCGCCGGCAAGACGAGAGAGGAGGCGCCAAAGCUGAUGACGGCGUCGGCGUUCCUUCCGCGCGAGGCCUACGAGGACGCGCCCGCGGAGAUGUCGGCCAUCUGCCGCGCAGGCGGGCACUCGGAGAAGAUAUGGCGGCAACGGUACGAGCAGGAGGCGUUCGGCGCGACCGGGCUCUGGUUCGAGCUACCGGCGGCGUGA